GGCUAUUGUUUAUGUGCGAUCGCGAGAGUAAAAAAGCGUAAAUUUUUUAUAAUUUAAUUUUUAUUUACAUUUGCAUUUCACCUGACAAAUUCUUGGUCAACGUGUGGAUACAUUUAAAAUGUAAGGAAGCAAUUAAUUUUGGUGAAGUGCAGAAACGACAUUUAGCAGCAACGAUUUGGAAGAGAUUUGUCGCCAUUUUGGUGUGUAUGUGUGUGUAAACUAAUAUGUGUAUCAAGGUAGGCAACGACAAAGUGGAAAUCGAGCCUCAAAAGAAAAACCAAUUUACACAGAAUUGGGCGCUUUCUGUGGGUGUUAAAUAUAAAUAAUUUUAAAUCGUGAAAUUUAUCUAGUGUCAAGUGAACUGAUGAAACUAUUUUGAGUAGCUAAAUAUUAAUUGAAUACAGAUUUGUGUAUGCAAGCGAGGAUGUAUAGCAGAACCGAAAGUGGGGACAAGUUGGCUCAGCAACAGUCGCAGCUGAAACAACAACAACAUCAAUUAGCUUUCAGCAGUAAUGCAAUUGCAAAUAUAAAUAUAAGUGGAUUCAGUUCUUUCGACAGUGAUUCUUUAGCCGACUGCUCAGAAUUUGAUACAGAAUCGGUUACUAUGGAUUACUUUAAAGAAAGUUCACAACGCCCUUCACCAACAAAAAUGGCACCAACAACAACUAUAGAAACCAUCACAAUCACAAGACCUCUUAAGGUCAUUGCAUUUAUAUGCGGUGUUAUUGUUGUCAUACUCAUGAUUAUGGCAUUGGCUUCCACGGAUUGGUUAAUGGCUGCGGGUUGGCGACAGGGUCUCUUCGUGCAUUGUAUUGAGGAAGACGUUGAAUCACCGCUGCCAUUUAAUUUACAUGAUCCGCCUGGCUGUUAUGCUAGUCGAGACGUCGCAUACAUUAAGGCCACAGCUGCUCUUUGCAUAAUAACAGUGAUCACUGAUGUAAUUGCCACCAUACUUACUGGACUGGGUUUGAGAACGCAAAAUCAUAAUGUAAAAUACAAAUUUUACAGAAUUGCUGUGCUGGUGAUGCUUUUAUCAUUACUGGCUGUCUUAUCUGCACUUAUAAUAUAUCCAGUAUGUUUUGCUGGAGAACUCAAUCUGGCGAAUCGGCCAAUUUGGGAAUUUGGUUGGGCCUACGGAGUUGGAUGGGGUGCAGCCAUCUUUCUAUUCGGUGCCGUUGUGCUACUGCUUUGCGAUAAAGAAUCGGAAGAGAUCUAUUAUAAGGAGAGAAAAAUUGUACAUGAUAACCAGAUGCGCGCCUAGGCCAGGCCGCACGACCUGCCUGACGUCGUUCUUUAGAUAUUUAAGUAAAUAUGCGAUUUCUACUGAUAUAAUACUACUAACUACUACUAUUACAAGAACAACAAAAGCUAUUAAAUCAACACAUCAUACAAUAAGAGAUGAACAAAAGCAAAAACGAGAGCCAAACAAUUAUAUAACACACAAAGAAAUGAAAGAACUUAAAAAAGAAAUGUGUAAAACUGUCUGUCAUCAUUGCCGAUAACCAAAAUACUAUAUUUAUAAUGUAAACAAACUGAAAAGUAGAAAAACAACUUGAAAUGAAGUCAACACCAAAAAUUCAAAUUAAUUACCAACACACAACAUACAAACAAAAACCACAACACUUCAUACAUCCAUAAACGGAAAUUAUGGGAACCUUUUGAGCUAAAACAUGCAGAUUUUUCAAAUUUCAAACUCAACCCGAAGCAUUGAGCAGAAUAAAACCACUGUAAGCCAGUCAGAGUUGCAUCAUAUAUAAAUAUGUUGCUUAUUUUUCCGCGUAAUCUGAAAAAUACAUGUGUUCUAAAUGAAAUAUCUAUACACUACUUCUCCAGCAUAUUAACAGAAAAGGUGAAAGCCCAUAAUCCAAAAUACAUAAACAUACUCAAAUACACACUUAUACACUUACACAUUCAUACAAUUGUCAUGUAUUUGGGUGAAAGCAUUUUAGAAAACAAUUUUAACAUACCUAUCACAAAAAGCAAAUAUUCAUGUAUUCAUGGUGAUCGUAUUUAACCAUUUAGUAUUGUAUGCGUAUAUACCUACAAACAUAUAUCUACAUAUAUAUUCGACGUGCAUAAUCAUUAUACAAAUACACAUAUACAUAUAUCUACACAAUUUUAAUUAUUUUCAUGUACAUAAGCACAUACACAUAUAUCUAUAUAUACUAUAUAUGUAGAUAUCCUUCCCUAUGUAACUUUGCUGACAAAAUCACUUAACCUAAAAGCCUAGACAUUUCCUCAACAAUUAUUUUUUUAUUUAUUGUUUCAACAACAACAUCGAUGUGAACUCCGUAAAAAUAAAAAAUAAUUAUGUAAAUUAAUAUGAAUCGUACGAUGUAUGUAAGAAAUUCAAACUAAAUAUAAGCGUAAUAAAUUUGUAGAAAACAAGCUAACCACUUUAAAAAGACGAACUAAAACGCAUUAAUAAAAAGAAAAUCAAACAUUUAAAAUGCAUAUAAGCAUAAUGAUCUUGAAAAUAUAUAUAAAAUCACGCUCAUGAACCUACCAAUUUAAAAUCAACUCCACAGAUAAAUACGUGAACCGAACCAUAAAGUAAAAAGCAAUGCGAAUACAUGCAUACAUACAUACACUUUAACACAAAAACACCAACACUCAUAUUAACAUACCUGUCAUCAUACAUAAAUGCAUCCCGAAGUAUUAUCAGGCAGCUAUAGAAAUUAUGACAAACAAGGAAACUUGUUGUUUUUGGUUUUACAAACAUAUAUAAAAGAAAAAACACGCACGACAAGACUUUGCCGUAAAAUAAAAGCAAUAUCAUGCAGCUUCGUUUAUUCAUAAAUAUAAUAGAGCAAAGUGUGUGCAUACAUGCGCCUUCCAACUAAAACUAGAUAUACAUACAUACAUCAAUUGAUUUCAUGUACACAUAAAUUAACACUUAGUAUAUGCCAAGAGGACUCGUUACUAGCUUAUAUAGUUAUGGAUUUAAUUUUUAAAGUAUUUCUUAUUAGAAAAAAGCAAAAUGUUUUUUCUGUACUACAAUCCCUUGGCGACUGCUUAAGUGUUAGUCUGCCAAUCAAUCCGUGUUCAAAAUGUACCUUAACGUUUCGUCAUACACACAUUUACAUACUGAUAUAUUUUAUUGUCGCUUUAUUAAAACCGUCAACUUGUAGGUAGUUGCGUAUAUUUCGCCACAUUUUUACAAAAACUCGAAAUGUCUAUUUUUUCUCAAAGUCUUCAAACAAGUCUCGAAUUGAUACUCGUAUUUAAUAAUUGUGUUAUUUGUUGCACAAUAUUUGGUCAAAAGUGUUGACAUAUCUGUGGAAAUUAUUUCGAACCAGAUAACCUUAGUUAGCAUAUUUAUGCUCUCAAGCUGUAAAUGGAAAAGCUCUGAAGCAAUACCCAUGAAAACGAUUAAAAAUAUUAAACUUGCCUAUGUAUUCAUGGGCAAAACAUAUAGCUUUGCCAAAAAUCCGCAGAUAUGCGCAUGUAUACGUUUAUUAAUUAAUAAUUUAAGCAGAAAUUUAAUUGAAUUGAAAUGCAAAAGAGAAGCAGCGUAUGUAAAAUUAUAUUGGCAAUAUAAAAUAGCGUUGAAAAUUAAAAUUCACACACACCAAUUGUAUUACACGAAACACAUAUACUCAAGUACAUAAAUAUAUAUUUAAUUAAUAUUGUUUGUUAUGCUGUUCAAAUUAUUUUGUUUCAUAAUUCGGAUUUGUACAGUUUUUUCUGUAAUUAUUAAGCAAAUAAUUAUAUAAUUAUACUAAUUAUGUCUGAUUUAAUUAAACCUGUUGAAUUGUUUUUGCCUACACAUGGCCGCUACUAUUGAUACAUAUACAUAUGUAUAUUAUCUAAGAAUUCGUCUGUUUACUCAAAUUUAUGUUAAAAAUAAACUUUUAUGAAGCGAUAAAAUAUUUGAAGCAAUGAACAUUUUAAUAACCGGAAAUUUGAAGAAUAAAACCGCUUUACCCUUUUCCGUAUAUUUGGCAUUGCUUCAGAAAUACUUUUAUAUGAACGACAGACAAUUUACAAAUAUUUAUUACUGUUGUAACGUUCAAUGCAAAGAAAACAUAUCAAAAAAAAAAACAAGAAACACAAAA